UAUCGUCACCGCUGUUAUUGACAAAUUUGCAAACGACACUUGUUAAAACCACCAAAAUAAAAUAAAUAAAAAAAGAGUCACCGAUCACAAAUUUUAUUUUUGUGAAUAUUUUAGACAAACAUAUCCCGGUUCUUUUUUUCGUGCACCUUAUUCAUCGGAUUCGAGUGAAACGAGCUCAUUCACAGUGCAACGCUUAUCAAGACAACACACACAUUCCGAUCGUGUCUUCUCACCGUCUCGUAGUAAAAGACGAAAAAAAUGUUCCGAGAAAAAUUGUAAUAAAAAGGGAGUCAAUCGGACGAAAUCAAAAUUAAACAUCAUCACAUCAAAACACACAAAUACAAAAUAAACAUACAAUCAAAGUGCAAACAAAUACACAGAUACAUACGCACGCACGCAACGGCAACAAAUCAGUGGUCGAAAAAUCAAAAUAUACAGAGCACGCAUGUAAAAGAGAGUGAAAACGGACAGUCAAAGGAGAAAGAGACCGCAAACCGACACCGAGUGAAAUAGAGUGAUGUGCUGCAUGAAAGUGGAAACGAGAGUGGAAACGUGAAAACGGAACAAAACGCAACGACGAAUGGUACGCUGUUCGAUAUCGUUUAGUGCAUGCAUAAAAAGACAACAUAAGGUCUUUUGUUAGACACUUUCGUGCACAUCAAACAGACUACAUCACAUUUCACGUACAACAAACGCAAACAUACAUAACAUCACAUACACAAACACAAUCACAUAUAACUCAGAAAACGAGUCGUAGGCAAAGCAAAGUAAAUGAACGAAGCGGAGAAUAUAUAGAAAACAUUGUGUGGUUCGAGAACAACACAUUGAAACGCAUUUAAAAUGUCAUCUGUCAACGAAGAAAAUCCUCAGCAUUUUUGAUAGUCAACCAAAAAGAAAAUUCGAUUCGACAUUUAUUUCAUCGAGAAAUUCCAACUCUCCUUCAUUCUUCAGUUUCUUCGUUACGAUUUUUCGGUUUUUGUUAUUUUUUUUUUAAUUCCACAAAAUUUGUUCCUUUUCGCCGAAGCCAACAAUAUUCAGUGAAUAAUUUUCAGUGGCCAUUUAGUGUGUAUUUUUGUUCUUUCCUAUUUAAACCGAAAGAAGAAAAAAAUAUAUAUAUAUUAGUUUAAAACGUGUAUUUUAUCGCUUUUGUAUUCUUCCGUCUUUUUUUCCUCGCAACAAACACAUUUUUAGACUGAUUUAUAUGAUUCAACUCAUUUUAUGUUUUAGUUUUUUUUUGUACUUUGAAUGUGAAUUUGAAAACGAAACGAAAGAAAAGUGAUUAUUGAUUUACUGUUUAAAUAAAUUUGAAGCCAUUUCUAUUCGAUAAAUAUUACUGAUUGGAAAUUGCAAAAUCGGAAUUUAUAUAUAUAAUCAACGUGAUUAAGAGCCGUCGCACAGCAAAUGACAAUGAUUCAUCGUACAAUUGCAAUCGGCAAAAAAUCAUUUUGCAACUAUUAUUAAACGGAUAAUCGCAAGCGCACGCGAAAGAACACGCAAAUUAAAAUAACAACAAUAGCAAUCAUAAUAAUUGUGCGGUUGAAGGUUUUGAGUAUGUGUUAAUCAGUUUUUCUUCCUUAAAUUCGCAUAAUCGUUGCAAGAAAUUUUUAUUUACCACAACAAAAUAUCUGUGGUCACAAGUUAAAAUACAGCUACUCUAGCAUACUCAUUAAUAUGGAAUUAGGUUCGUAGUUAACAUGUGAAUUAUCGAAAAUAUUUGCGGUGAAACAGAGUUAUUUUGAACGCGUCAAAAGGAUUGACAUGACAAAGGAGUGCAAAGACUGUGUUAGUACGUGACAACGCAAUACAUAUAAUAUAUAAACCACAAAUUAUCGUACACAACUUUUGGAGAGAGAGAGCGAAAAAAAACUAAAACGAACCACAUACAAAUUAGAUUGUUUGGCUGAUUAGCGAAAUCACGAAACAUACCAAAAAGAAAGAAAGAAAAAGAAGAUACCGAAUAGACUGCUAAACAAGAAGAAUUUUUUUUACGCAAAUUUGUUUGUUUGUAUUAGAAGAUAGCCCUAAUUGAACUGGAAACUCAAACGCGCACGCACAUUAAACUUUAUACGCAAGUACUUAUAAGAAUAUUUUUUUGGACUGACCGAAACAAUUCGAAAUGGGAGUAUGUUUGUGCAAAAGUAAAACAUCGGACGAUCUACCGGAUAAUUUGUCACAGAGCGGCCGACAUAGUACGGAUUAUGGAAGAAGUUUUGGCCGACACGCAGAACGAUGCGAUGAAUCGUUAUCCGAAACGGUUGAUCGUUUGGUUAAGGAAACCCUCAAAGUGAUCGGCACUAUUGUGGACAACGAACCUGAACCACCCAGCUCAAUGGUACAAUUACAUGACAUAACUGAUAAACCAAAUGGAUGGAUUCAAUUGGUAAAAUCAUUGAUUCGUGUCGUACCAAUUGAGCAUGCGAUGGGGCCCAGUGUCAUAACCUUAUUGUUGGAUGACAGUCCUUUACCCACAAAAGAUUCAGUCCUUGAGGUGGCUGACAUGAUAUCAUACUCGCUCAGACGUACUCCGCGUCGAGAACGAAAUUUGUGUGUGAUUUUAGGUUGUCUGGCAGAAAAACUAGCAGGACCAAGCAGUAUUGCGGUGUUGUCCGAGAGUACAUUGAGUUAUUUAAUAGGCAAUUUGGAUGAAGGAAUCUACCCGGAAGUGAUGCUAUUUUCAAUUAUUGCAUUGGAAAAGUUUGCACAAAAAAGUGAAAAUAAAGCUACCAUUAAACGUAAAUUGGCCAUGUUCCCAGAGAAUCCAUUAUUAAGACUUGAACGACAUGCAAAUAGCGAUGACUAUACACUCAGACAAGUUGGCUAUUGCGCACGAUGGUGUCUCGAUAAUUUCUUUAUAAUCGAAGGUCGAAAAUAUUCUUAUGAAGUGGUUGACGUAUCUAAUGUGAAUGUAAUGCUGAACACCCGUGACGUAUCGGAAUAUUUGAAAAUUUCACCGGAUGGUCUGGAGGCGCGCUGUGACGCAUAUUUGUUUGAGAGCGUUCGAUGCACAUAUCAAGUUAAUUCAGGUUGUUGGUACUAUGAGGUAACGAUCAUCACACCGGGAGUUAUGCAGAUUGGUUGGGCCACCAAAGAUUCCAACUUUUUGAGUCAUGAAGGCUAUGGCAUUGGAGACGAUCCAUAUUCGAUUGCAUUCGAUGGUUGUCGUCGACUCAUAUGGCAUAACGCAAAAUCGUUGCCACAUGACCUUCCAUCAUGGCAAGGCGGUUCGAUUCUUGGAUGCUUACUAGACUUGGAUGCUCAUGAAGUGAUCUUCAGUUUGAAUGGUGUUGAGGGCGGUGUUCUUAAACAAGUGUUUGGUAGUGCCAAAGAUGGAUUUUUUGCAGCAGCAUCGUGUAUGUCGUUUCAACAAUGCCGCUUCAAUUUUGGCAGCGAACCGUUCAAAUAUCCACCAAAGAGUCGAUCAUUUGACAGCUUUAAUUCACAUGCAUAUCUAAAGGACCAAGAUAAAAUUGUGUUGCCGCGCCACUUAUUCCUCGAACAAUUACGAAAAUUAAGCGUUCGUGAAGAUUCAUGUACAUUAUGUUUCGAUUUGAAAGGCAUCGUACGAUUGGAUCCAUGUUCACAUAGGGGUUUUUGUAUGACAUGUGCGAUGCAACUGCAACACUGUCCUUUGUGCCGUGCAGAAAUUGUAACAAUAGUAAAAGAGGAGAGUGACACACCGACAUCAGAUGACGUUUUAACGUGAUCGACGCCAUUGAUGAUCAUCGAAAACUAUUUUGGAUCGAAACUUAAGCAAUAACAUUUCAGUUGAUCAUCUCAACAAUCACAUCGCAAAAAAUCAAUUUGAAUAAAAAAUUAACGAAAAAUGCCUAAUAUACAUUUGAAUAACGCUCAUUGUGUCACACACACAUACACAUUAUACACCACAUACACCCUCAACGUAGUUGGAUUCACCUAUCAGCUAUAUGAAUACACACACAUACAUCAGGAAAUAUGUCAUCACUUUUGCAAAUCUUUGACAAUAUUGCGCAAUUUUUUUUUUAUUUCGAUUUAAUUGGAAGAAAAAUAUACGACGAAAACCACAUUUUUAUGAACGCAAUGCAAACAAUAUAUUCAAUAUAACUAUAUAUCAAGGUGGAAAGCGAAGAACGAUUCCCAUAACAUCAUAGAAAAAAAGAAAGAAUAUUAGAAAUAGUUAAACUAUAUAUGCAAAAAAACGACAAAUUUGCGCACAACUUUAACCUCAUCGGCCUUUGAAAUCCACUAUAAUAUGUGAUCGCCUCAUUUUUUUUUUCUUCAUUGUGACAAACAAUGCCAUACCUUAUAAAUGAGGAAAAAAACAGAGUAUAUAUAUAUGUCCUCAAAUGAGUAUUGAAUGUUCAUGAAUAAUUCUAAAUUAAAAUUGUAAAUCAUAUUUAAUUUUUUAUUUUUUUAAAAAAGAAGGAAAAGAUGACAAAGAACAAAAGUUCGUCCCUAAACUCUUUUUUUUCAUCUGUCGACUGGCGCUAAGUUUCGAUUGUAAACAGUGGAGCUAGUACCUAGCCAUUACAUUACAUGGAACACACGCAAACAAACCACAACACACACAAAAAUAUUGUACAUAUUAUAUUUAGACAUUGAUUGAUUUAGAUAGAAUGUAAAUUUACCGAACAUUUAUCAAUUAAUAAUAGAUUGUAAAAGUGACAAAUUUA